AUGGCGACGAGGAUGCGUUCCUGCGUCAGGUGCUUGGUCAAUCUCGUGCUCCCCUUCCUCUUCUUUGCCUCCCUCCUCUACCUGUCCACCAGGCAGCCGCUCCUCGACGUGGCUGUCCGCCAGGAGGUCGCGCCCGGCAGGCUGCGGGUGUUCGUGGACCGCGCCGCUAAAAAUGCCAGUGUCACGACGGUAGCGGCGGCUCAGGUGUCUGACAUAGCUGCCGUUGCAACUGAAGGUGCUGACGGCAAUGUCCUGACCGACGCGCCCCCGGCCUCCGGCGACGCCAAUGUCAAGGCGUCUGCCAUCGCUGCCAUUGCAACAGAAGAUGGUGAAGCCAAGGUCGUGACUGAUGCGCCGCCAGCGUCCGCCGCCGCUGAGCCGAAGGGUUCAGGCUCAGACAUAGCGGCAACGGCAUCUACUGCCGUCAGCAACACGAAUGGCGACGCUGACACCAUCGUGUUCGACUUCCGGGCGUACGUGUUCGUGUACAAGAGCGGGCGCGUCCACCUCUUCCACGCCACGGAAACCGUCCCGCCCGGCGUCGACGCGCUCACGGGCGUCGCGUCCACGGACGUCGCCGGCGCCAGCGGCGUCGGCACGCGGCUCUACCUGCCACCGAAGAACCGUCGCGAGGGCCGACGUGGCAAGAAGAAGACGAAGAAGAAGCUGCCCGUGGGCGUCGUGGCCGUGUCCGUGGACUACCACCUCGCGCCGGAGCACCCGCUCCCGGCCGCGUACCACGACGCGUGGGCGGCGCUCCGGUGGUUGGCAUCCAACUGCAUAUCGGGGCCGGACGCCUUGCUCGCCGACCACGGGGAUGCCACGCGCAUCUUCCUGGCCGGCGACAGCGCCGGUGGAAAUAUCGCCCACAACCUGGCGGUGCGGGCCGGAGCGGAGCCACCGCUGCCCGGCGGCGCGGCCAUCGCCGGCGUCGUCCUCCUGACCCCGUACUUCUGGGGCAAGGAUCCGGUGGGUACCAAGCCCGCGGAGCAGUGGGUGCGCAACGGCCUCGAGCAGACAUGGGCGCUCGUGUACCCGCUGGAGGCGCUUGGCGCCUAG